UCGUAGAAUUGUCGCAAAACUUGGCCUGACAAUUUCAUGUCUGCAUGUUGAAUGAUUCUACGUGUGAUCCAAAAGAUUUUACCGUGCUGCAACGAUAAAGAUAUGAGUACAACUAUAUACCUAACGACAGCGGAGAAUGGACUGCGACACGAUAAAAUUGUUAUACUGGAUGCUGGUGCACAGUAUGGCAAGGUAAUCGAUCGCAAGGUUCGAGAACUUUUAGUAGAAUCGGAUAUUCUGCCAUUGGAUACGCCUGCCGCAACAAUACGUGAUAAUGGCUAUCGAGGCAUAAUCAUAUCCGGCGGACCCAAUUCAGUUUAUGCCGAAGAUGCACCCACGUACGAUCCCGAUCUAUUUAAACUGAAAAUCCCAGUGCUUGGCAUCUGCUAUGGCAUGCAGUUAAUCAACAAAGAGUUCGGCGGCAGUGUUGUCAAGACUGGCGUGCGGGAGGAUGGACAACAAAAUAUUGAGAUUGAAACGUCAUGUCCUUUAUUCAGUCGCCUUAGCCGUACACAGUCCGUGCUGCUCACCCAUGGCGAUAGCGUGGACCGAGUGGGCGAUCAGUUGAAAGUGGGUGGCUGGUCAACAAAUCGGAUUGUGACGGCCAUUUACAGUGAGGUAUUGAGAAUCUAUGGUGUUCAAUUUCAUCCAGAAGUCGAUCUAACUAUCAACGGCAAACAAAUGCUAUCCAAUUUUCUAUACGAAAUUUGCGAACUAACUCCUAACUUUACCAUGGGCAGUCGAAAAGAGGAAUGCAUUCGGUACAUACGCGAAAAAGUGGGCAAUAAUAAAGUUUUGUUGCUAGUCAGUGGAGGCGUUGAUUCAAGUGUCUGUGCUGCAUUGCUGCGACGAGCGCUGCAUCCUAAUCAGAUUAUAGCAGUUCAUGUGGAUAAUGGUUUCAUGCGAAAAAAUGAAAGCGAAAAUGUAGUGCGUUCAUUGCGAGAUAUUGGCAUUGAUUUGAUAGUGCGUAAAGAAUGCUACACGUUCCUCAAGGGCACCACGCAAGUGAAACGACCCGGCCAGUAUUCGGUAGUUGAAACGCCCAUGUUAUGUCAGACCUACAACCCGGAGGAGAAGCGAAAAAUAAUCGGUGAUAUAUUUGUGAAAGUGACUAACGAUGUGGUGGCUGAGCUGAAACUGAAGCCCGAGGAGGUCCUCUUGGCGCAGGGUACACUGAGGCCGGAUUUGAUUGAGUCUGCAUCGAAUAUGGUCAGCACGAAUGCCGAAACAAUUAAAACGCAUCACAAUGACACGGAUCUGAUUCGGGAGCUGCGUAAUGCUGGCCGUGUCGUAGAACCAUUAUGUGACUUCCACAAGGAUGAGGUGCGUGACCUGGGCAAUGAUCUUGGCCUGCCAGCGGAAUUGGUCGAGAGGCAGCCGUUCCCCGGUCCUGGUCUAGCCAUACGCGUUCUUUGCGCCGAGGAAGCAUAUAUGGAGAAGGAUUACUCGGAAACACAGGUCAUUGUGCGCGUUAUAGUGGACUACAAAAAUAAACUACAAAAGAAUCAUGCGCUCAUUAAUCGUGUCACAGGCGCCACUAGUGAAGCUGAGCAAAAGGAACUGCUGCGCAUCUCUGCCAAUUCCGAUAUACAGGCUACUCUACUGCCGGUACGCUCGGUGGGUGUACAGGGUGAUAAGCGCACCUACAGCUAUGUUGUUGGCUUGUCAACGACGACCCCGGAGCCCAACUGGACUGACAUGUUAUUUUUGGCCAAAAUCAUACCACGCAUAUUGCAUAACGUUAACCGAGUCUGUUAUAUCUUUGGCGAGCCCGUGCAGUAUCUAAUUACAGAUAUAACGCACACAACGCUGAACACUGUAGUACUGGCGCAACUCAGGCAAGCGGACGCUAUAGCUAAUGAGAUUAUAAUGAAAGAGGGACUGUAUCGAAAAAUCUCACAAAUGCCCGUAGUUCUGAUACCCGUGCACUUCGAUCGUGAUCCGAUUAAUCGUACGCCUUCCUGCAGAAGAUCAGUGGUAUUGCGUCCAUUUAUAACGAACGAUUUUAUGACUGGUGUGCCAGCUGUGCCCGGAUCUGCUCAACUGCCAUUGCAUGUUCUAAAUCAAAUUGUGCGAGAUAUUUCUAAAUUGGAUGGCAUCUCGAGGGUACUCUACGACUUGACAGCCAAGCCGCCUGGCACCACCGAGUGGGAAUGAUGCGUUCCAAACCAAAAUCUUUAACAGCCAUUUCAUAGAAAUAGAGAUAUGUAGAAUCAAUAAACAACUACUACAAAAUGGUAAAUUACAAAAUUACAAACCAAACCAACAAUAAACAAUAUUAGACGAGACGCAUGAGACAAUAGCAGAGAUGCCGCCAGUUGUUCAGUGAAAUCCCAUGUCAGCUGAUACCUGAUAUUGAGGAAAACUGUAGGCAAUUGACAUGAGGGACACUGACAGAGACAAAAAGAGCGUAAAUAUUAUUUAGAGUGCCGCUUACACAAAAACAAAUGAUGAACAACAACAAAAACAAAAUAUUAACAAAUCAAUUCAGGUUUAUAAUAUCGAUUAUUGUGUGUAAUUAAUAGUAACGCGAAACGAUGUUAAGCAUAAAACAGAGAAUAACACCAGAUGAGAUGAUAUGAUAUAUUGCUGUAUAUUGAAAUAUGAACAUGUUUGAUCCGCAUGUGCGAUUUGUUCCUUUUAUGAAAAGGAAAUUAACA